CUCCCGCCCCGCGGCGCUGCCCGACGCCCUGAGCCACGGCCUUGGACCUCGGCCCGCCGUCCCCGCGGCCCGCGCAGGCGUCCGAGCCCGGCCCCGGGCUACGCUGGCAGCUGGAAGGCGACCUCCAGAAACGGCCGCCGGCCGCCGGGGAGUGCAGCGUUCGGCCCUUCGACCACAGCCCCCGGGACACCGCCAUGGCCUCGAACCUCGGGCCGCCGUCCCCGCUGCUCGUUCGGGUGUCCGAACCCGGCUCCCGGCUGCACAGGAAGCUGGAAAAAUACUUCCAGAGCCGGGAGUCGGGUGGCGGGGAGUGCACCGUCCGGCUCUCCGACCGCAGCACCCAGGACACCUUCGUGGUGGAGUUCAGGGAAAGGGCAGCUAAGGAGGGAGUGUUGAAAAAAAGAGAGCACCAGAUUGUGGUUGACAGCAAACGUGUGACUAUUUUCCUGGAACCCACUGAAAAGCCUAUAGAGAAGAAUCCACGACCCAGAAUGUCUUCACUGACACAGUCACGAGAAGGGGUGAGGUUUGGUGAGAAGCAUCCACAUGAAGAACAUAUUCCUAAUGCUGUGGAUUCCUGUGUCCAAAAGAUCUUCCUUGCUGUCACAGCUGACCUGAACUGUAACCUCUUCUCUAAAGAGCAGAGGGAACACAUAACCACCCUCUGCCCCAGUGUCAGAAGAAUGGAAGGCCACGAUGGCAUUGAGAAGGUGUGCGGUGACUUCAGCGAUAUUGAAAAAAUACAUCACUUCUUGAGUGAGCAACUCCUGCAGAGUGAGCAGAAAUGUGAAUUGUCCACUUUGACAAAAGAGAGGGAUCCACUCCUCCAGGGGGUGUGGAACAGCUGUGUUUCUCCUUCUGAACCAACAACCAGGUUAGAAGAAGAAAGCAAGCGUUGUGAAGUUCCCUUGCCUUUCUUUGAAUACUUCAAAUAUAACUUUCCUCAUAAAAUAGACUCAAUAGAGAGAAGAUUUCAUGUAGAAAUAAAAGCUCAGGAGAGUUCUUCAGAUAUGGUCUAUUUAGACUUCAUCUCAAGCCAGUCAGACGACAGUGAAGCAGCUCGUGAUUAUUUUGCCAGUGAGUUUCAGAAGAUGGUACCAACUCUGGGGCAGGAACGCGUUCCUUUUGCAGACAGUAAGCAGGCAAACAGGAUCAAACAGGAAUUGAAUCGCCAGUUUACAAAGCUCUGUAUAAAGGAGAAAGGAGGAGAAUUAACUCUCCUUGGGACACAAGAUGACGUUUCAGCUGCCAAGCAUUUUCUUGCCCACCAAAUCCCUGAAAGUCGGGUCAAGGCACCUGUGAAAAUACGCACUUCUGGGUGCUGGAUGAAUGGAAUUGAGGUUGACACCAUUCACUAUAAGCUUUUAGAAGCUGAAUUACUCCAGGAAAUGUCAGAGAUAGAAAAAAAGUACAAUACUAAAAGUAAGGUUUUAGGGAAAACCCGCAUUCUAUUUGAACCUAAGGACAAGGAGUUGGAUCUGUCUGUGCAUGCUUAUGAGAGUUUCAUCGAUGCCUAUCAACACUUCUCAUGUCAGCUGAUGAGAGAAGUUCUUGCGCUGAAACCUUUGGGCAAGGAGAGGAAGCACUUACAUGGCACCAGUUUUGCUGAUGAAUUUAAAAAAAAGCAUCCACAUAUAGACUUUGUUCUAAAUCAAGAAUCAAUGACUUUGAUUGGGUUGCCCAAUCACCUUGCAAAGGCAAAGCAGUAUGUCUUAGAAAGAGGGAGAAUGACUCCAUUAGCUGGAGAGAAAUGGAAUGAGGAUCGUGAAACAUCCAUGGACAUUGAUAGUAAUGAUUCAGAAACAGCUUCACCAACAUCCCAGCAUUCUGCCAGUUCUGGAGCAUCAAGAGUGGACAACGAAAAGGACACAUGUGUCAUCUGUAUGGACAUUAUUAGUGACAAACAGGUACUACCCAAGUGCAAGCACGAAUUCUGCAGGCCUUGUAUCUACAAAGCCAUGUCAUUUAAGCCAGUCUGUCCUGUAUGCCAGACUUCCUAUGGUAUCCAGAAAGGGAAUCAGCCAGAGGGAAUCAUGACUGUCGCUGUCUCAAGAAACUCACUUCCAGGUUAUGAAUCCUGUGGCUCCAUUGUGAUUGAUUAUAUUAUGGAAGGAGGCAUACAAACAAAAGAGCACCCAAAUCCAGGAAGGAGAUACUUGGGAAUCCACCGAACCGCGUACCUGCCUGAUAACAAAGAAGGAAACGAGGUUUUGAGACUGCUUCGUAGGGCCUUCGACCAAAAGUUGAUUUUCACAGUAGGAGACUCUCGAGUAACAGGAGCCUCAGAUGUCAUUACGUGGAAUGACAUCCACCACAAAACAUCCCCGUUUGGGGGACCAGAUAAGUAUGGCUACCCCGAUCCUGAUUAUCUGAAACGCGUCAAACAGGAGCUGAAAGACAAAGGAAUUGAGUAAGAAGACUGCUGGAAGGAUGUCUUGAGCCAAGCUUUCAAAAGACAGUUGAAGAAGCAUAGUAAAUACCAAUCUAAAUCCUUAUGUAGGAACAGCUUUUAAACAUUUUCUUCUCAGGAAGUGGUUUGUGUAAGAGUAAGACUCUGCUAGUCUGUCAUUUCUGGAGUGUUACUUUUUACAGACGAUAAAAAGCCCAAAGAGUAGUGUAGUUUUGCCACAGAGGUGUGCUGCCUCAUUCUUGUGUCACUGCUCAGGGGCAGAGUGGGUGGAGUGCUGUGGCACUGAUAACAUCUUCUAUGUUCUUCAGUAGAAAUACUAGCUGAAAAUUGAUCUUCUCUUUGUUACUCUCUUUGUCUGGGGUGGUCCUUUAGUUUUUUGUUUGUUGGCCCUUUAAAUUCCCUAAAAGUAAAAUCUUAGUGUGAAUGGAGGAAAGAAAGGCUUUGGCUAUGGAAAAUUAGAGACACAUGUUCCCCUCCCUCCCUCAUGGCCAGAAAAGUGGCCAGGAGCAGAGAUUGGACAACUUUGGGUAAUAAAUGGAACAAAGCUAUUAUUUUUCAUGACACAGAGCCAGGUAUACAGUUGGUGCUUAAUAAAUUGUUGCUGCCUGACUCAGGUUGCUAAUAACCCAGCUGAUUUGGAAAACUGAGUUUCUUACUCCAGAACAUUUGGCCUCUGAACUCUGACCAGGCCUCUCACUUGGUCCUUGCUCCCCCCGAUCCUUGUCGUCUGCCGUAGGGGUGCACUUGCCCUGUCAUAGUAAUGCUACACGUUUCUGAACACUUUUUUCCUCUGGAUAAAAUUGCACUUUUGAGUAUGCUCCGCUUCCAGCUGUAACAGAUAAAUAACCUUACUUUAGUUUUCAUAGACUAUCAUUUUCCCAGUAAUUGUAGCCCCCACAGUAGUAGUUUUUCCUUCCUUUUACUAAGUCCCACUAAGUCAUGUUUUCUCCCUUAAAAUCUUUCUCCCUGAUACUCUCUCUGGACAGAGAGAAGCCAAGAGUUGAGCCAACUAUAACGAAUAUAGGACAUGUCAAACUUUACUUUUAAAUGGUUCUCCAAGUGAGAAGAAAGUUAUAGUAGCCAAUUAUCUGGUUAUCCACAUCCCUGCCUCUCUCCAAAAAUGAUGAACGAGAUGUCUUUUUCUUUUCCUAAAGAUAUGGGUACACAUACAUACGAAUUUUUUGGUCAGACAGUCAUAGCUAAUAUUUGAAGUAUACUUAUUUUGUCCCCUUUAUAAGAGCUUUACAUCUGUGUGAUUGAUUCUGUCAGCAUCCCCGUUUUAUAACUGAGACAACUGAUGCACAGAGAGGCUAAGUACUUUGACAAAGGUGUCGCAUAGUUAAUAAGUGGAAGUGCUGGGAUUUGAAGGAGAGAGUCUGGCUCCUAGGCUUCCACACCCCAGAGCUAUACGGCCUCCUCCAGGGGGCUUCUCCUCCUGGGAGCAGGCUGAGAAGUUCUUGUUAUUCUGAGCUUUUCUCAGAAAUGGAUUCCUGCGCAGCGCUCAAAGCAGAUUUCCUUGGAGGAAGUCCUGUUUGAAGAACUUAAAAACCCAGCAUCUUUUCCUUUGUCCAGAGAGUUGAGGAAGCUUAAACUAAAUGGGCCUUUUUUUAAAAAAAAUCAGAUCAUACUUUUAAUUUUUGGUGGUUCAUCAAAGUCUUUACUGUUAUGAUUGUUUUGUAUCUGCUGAUCUUUUAGCUAGAUUUGCUUCAAAAAAGCAAAAGUUUGGUUCCUGCUGAAUUCUGGAUCCUUGACUGCAACUUGUGCGCAUAGGCGAGUUUCAUGGUGUGCGGGGUUGGUGAGCCUUUGGAUUACUGUUUUUGCUCUGCGGAAGCUAUUAUCAUCUGGAUCUGCUUUAAAUAAAGUUAUAUCCACAUUAGGAA